GCGGAGACGCGGCGCUGGAGUGGGGAGGGGCGGAGCCUGGGCCGGAAGCACCGGGGGGGGGAAGGGUGCGUGUUGCCCCGAAUCGGGUCGGAAGGGAAACAGCCCGAUAGGACCGGCUUUGACGGGGCAGUUGCAGUACCUCAAGAAGAAGGAAAGUUUGUGGAGUGGAAGGUUCCAAUGGCAGAGCUAUCUGCACACUUAUCACAGGUCCAGCAUGGGCAACUGAGAGAGAACUCCCCUGACAACCAUCUGGCCAACACGGUUGCAUCUCUGACCUGUGAUCUGUUUAAUGCUAAUCAGAAUGACAACACCGAAAGACGGCAUCACGAGAGCAGCAAUCAGCGACAUAAUGAUAAUUCCAAUUCAGCGUCUAAUGGGCAGCCACAGCACAGCACUCGCCAAGUGGUGGAACAAGAUGAUGACGAUGAAGAGGAGUUAACACUGAAAUACGGGGCAAAGCAUGUGAUCAUGCUCUUUGCACCCGUCACACUUUGUAUGGUGGUGGUAGUUGCAACUAUCAAGUCUGUCAGUUUUUACACACGCAAGGAUGGACAGCUCAUCUAUACCCCCUUUACAGAAGAUACUGAAACAGUGGGACAAAGAGCUUUGAAUUCUGUUCUCAAUGCUGCUAUCAUGAUUAGUGUCAUUGUUGUCAUGACAAUAUUCUUGGUUGUGCUUUAUAAGUACCGGUGCUAUAAGGUGAUCCAUGGGUGGCUCAUCGUUUCUUCUCUCUUCUUGCUUUUCUUUUUCUCAUUCAUUUAUUUGGGGGAGGUUUAUAAGACCUAUAAUGUUGCCAUGGACUACAUUACCAUAGCACUUAUGAUCUGGAACUUCGGCGUAGUAGGAAUGAUCUGCAUUCACUGGAAAGGCCCUCUUCGGCUUCAACAGGCCUACCUCAUUAUGAUAAGUGCUUUAAUGGCCCUGGUAUUUAUCAAAUACCUUCCUGAGUGGACUGCCUGGCUCAUCUUGGCAGUAAUUUCAGUGUAUGAUCUGAUUGCUGUACUGUGUCCUAAAGGGCCUCUUCGUAUGCUGGUUGAAACAGCUCAAGAAAGAAAUGAAACUUUGUUCCCAGCGCUCAUUUACUCAUCAACAAUGAUAUGGCUAGUAAACAUGGCUGAAGAAGAUGCUGAAGCCCAAAAGAAAGCUCCCCCAAACUCUACUUAUGAUAAACAAGUCACAGCUAAUCAGAACCAGAGUGCAGGUGCUGAGGCUGACGAUGGAGGUUUCAAUCAGGAAUGGGAGCAGCAACGAGAUAGGAGGAUAGGGCCUGUGGGAUCAACCCCUGCAACACGAGCUGCUGUUCAGGCUCUCCCCACUAAUUCUGUAGCGAGCGAGGACCCAGAGGAAAGAGGAGUUAAGCUUGGUUUAGGGGACUUCAUUUUCUACAGUGUUCUAGUUGGCAAAGCCUCAGCAACAGCCAGUGGAGACUGGAACACAACUUUAGCCUGUUUUGUAGCCAUUUUAAUUGGCUUGUGCCUUACCCUCUUGUUGCUUGCCAUCUUUAAAAAAGCCUUACCAGCUCUUCCAAUCUCCAUAACCUUUGGGCUCGUUUUCUACUUUGCCACAGAUAACUUGGUGCAACCUUUUAUGGACCAGCUAGCUUCUCAUCAGUUUUAUAUCUAGCACACUUUAAGUUGACCACUGCUGGACGUUAGUAUUGACUGUAGCAAAUAUGGGAGGGAAAACGUAUUUCUUCCCAUUUCUUAAAGCACCCACUGUGCUGGGCACUACAGGAUUCUUCUCUGUAAAAAUUAAUGGGUAAUAGGACAGUGAGUCCUCAGCAGUUGGAGUUCUACGUCUCUGAAAGGACCACAUGUACAAAGGUUGCCUAUGCUUUCACCAGCAACAUUAACUACUCAGCACAGCAAUUCCACCCCCACCCCAGUGUUGAAGAUUGUUGCAAAGGGGGCUGGUAGAUCAGACGAACAUGUCUGAAUGUUAGAAGAGUCAGCCUGCCUCCAGAACACCAACUAUCAGCAGUUGCAUCUUGAUCCCAGUGUGGGAUCAAGUUACCUCUGUAGAUGAGAGGAUUUUAUCUUGUCUAAAGAGAAAAUCAUGAAAGCCGUUCUGUGUGCUUUGUGAUACAUUUUUACAAUUCUAAUUGUCAUUCAGACACAAUAGCCUGUGUAGAAAUUUUGAAGUUCUGAGCAUUCUUCAACAGAGAAAAUAUAUUUCCUGAUUUUGCUGCCAAAUGUUCCUUGGAUUCAGUUUGCAACAGACUAGACAUCGAUCAAGAUUGUGAUCUUUGAUUUCCAAAUAAAUGUAAUUCUUACUAAAUUUAUAUAACCCAUUUUUGGAUUUCUCCCUUUUCUCAUAACUAUUCUGAAUACUACUUCAACAUUAUUUCUGAGCUAUAUAAUGUAUACAAAUAUUAAGAGAUAAGAAGACAGAACACUCUUAAAGCUACAGGAUAGCCAUUGACACAUCACACCAAAACAUUUCUAGGGUUUUUUAAAUGAAGUAGCAAAUUCAUAUUUUGUUCUCAAACUUACAAUUGUUUUAGUUUUUCUUGAGAUCAUUGUGUAAAAUGUUGUGUGUCAUACUGUAAAAGGGACAAGACAUAUUUUAUAAGACUGAAGGGACUGCAAGGCAUUAAUGGCUUCUGGAGAUGGACUAGGUAAAUUCAGCCCUUCAUAUCCUCUUGACCACAUUUAAUUUCAGAAUCUUUUGAAAGAUGCUGAUUCACUAAUGUAUUGUUUAGCUAGAUUUGCUUAUACCCCACUGCCCAACAGGCCCAUCAAAUUUGCCUUCAGGAUUCUUUAGCACAGUCAUUCUUUAGUUCUUAUACCUUCUCCCAAAAUUUACAGAGAACAUUAGGGAACUGCUUAUCAGCAGAAGUCUGAAAGUCAAAUCAAGCAUGACAGAAAUACUGUGAAAAUGGAUUUUUCUAUUUUUUCUGUAUACUGGAAUUUAUUAAAGACCGAUUGCUAACAAAAUGAGAAGUAGCAUUGUUAUCUGUAUCUGUAGUUAAAUGAGGCUAGUUAAGUGUCUACAUUCUGGUGGCAAUGAAGAUACGGGGCUAAUAUAGUAUAUUCAAACCAUAGUGAAUACCAAACUUUUAAGGGCUGCAGUCAUGGAUUACUUUGGCUCAUGAGAUUUGGGAUGAUAUGGUUGGAAUUCUGUCCUUGUACAUUACCACAUUGCUGAUGUGGUAAAAGAAACAAUAUUGGAGUCCAUUAGAAGGAUUUUUAGGAUGGAUAAACACAUUUUCUUCAGUUUUAUUGGUAUCUUAUUUUGGCAGCUAAGUGUAAAGACCAUUAUCAAGACAUCUGCAGUAGCUGGUUCUGUACAGUGGUGUGAUCUUCUUGUUUCAUAAUACUGGAAAUGGAGUAGAAUUGAAUUUUUGCUCUAGCAUUUGGUUUUCUUUUUUCAGACACUGGUUUGUAUAUAAUCUGAACUGAAUGUGAAUAAGCCUUUUUAAAACAUCUUUUCAAUUAAACAUAAUUUUGAUAGGUUAUUUCAAUUUUCUCUGUAUUUAUCAAAUUAUUACAAUAAAUAAUGCAUGAAUCUUAGAAA